UAUAAAUGGUGAAUCUCUUCACCUUCAGGGCUCAUUCUCGGAUUCCUGGAAUUCUUGAAAGUUGACAAGAGCUCUGCUUUCUUCUCUAGACGCUUAUCAGCUAGCCUAUGCCUUGUAAAAAUCAGAGCUUUUCCUAGUGAAAAGAGCUUCCGAUUACACCUAUGAUGCCUAUGAUACCUCCUCGCAGAAUGUACACACCAUUGGCCGGGAAGAAGGAGAACCGGCUGGACUUGUAGAACCGGUAGUCCUCCUGGUUAGCGGCCAACCUACGCAACCCAGCCUGAGCUACUAGCAGCUGAUCGAAAGUACGCGCGCGUCUAGAUUACGAGCUGAAUGUGUGGAUCCAGAUUGAGCUCGCAGCACUGGCAUUGCACCAUUAGACACAGCUUUUCAGCAUCCUCCAGCAGAGCAUUGUGGUUUUGCCGCUGCAGGGGUCUGCUUCUUUCGAUGGUCAAUGCCGGCAAGCAAACCCCAGCUGCACGAAAUAACCAUGCAGAUUGAGAUCACAGAAAGCACCUUUCAGCUGAGCUUCACUUCGUUCCUGGACAAACUGCUUGCCCUCGUCUUCUUGCCUACAAGCAUCCCCCUGAAUGACAUCCAGCUGCCUCUCCUUAAUUACGAAGACUACAAGUGGCACUGGGGGUUACGAGUAGGAACAUCCCUCCCUGGAAUCUUCACCGACGCAAGACGAUACUUUGGCUUUUGGGGGGACUAUGAGUUCAUUCACACGCACUACAGACCCCCCGGAAAUAUCUUGAUUGAGACGAAAGCGGGUCGACUGAAAAGAGCGCUGGUUGAGCUGGAUGAAGGGAUAGAUGUGGGGAUUUUGAGGGAGCAGAUCACAGCGGCGACGUACUAA